AUGUCUCUCCAAUCGCUUCUCUCCACAAAAAUCGUGCGUGCGGCGUCGAUCGCCGACGCUGCCUUCGAUGCAGUUGUUCUUGUUGGAAGCCAAGAAAGUGUCAAGCAGUUCGGAGCGAUUCAGCAGGUUUCUGCAAUCGCACCAGCCGUUGACAACUUCCUCAAGCUCCAUCGUGGUGCCUUCCAUUCCGCGUCUCUCGUGCAAGUCGACUCGUCUGUCGUUCCCUCUGGACGACUAAUCCUCUCUGGAACCGGUCACGUGUCUCGUGAUUAUGACGAUGUUCGUCGUUACCAGGCUGCUGCACGCAAAGGAAUCGAACUUGCUCUCUCCGCCGGAGUUAAAUCUCCACUUCUCAUCACUCUUCCAAAUGCUCGCUUCCCGAACGCCGAACUUGUUGCUGCUCUCGGAGCUCUCACUCCCGUGUACACUCCACUCAACGUUCGCGAAGAAGAGAAAAAGCAGAAGUUGCAACAAUUGGGUCUUCUAGCUGUCGGAAACAGCGAUACAUCUGCUCGUCUCGAACAAUUUGUUGAAGCAUACGACGCUUCAUUCACAGUCUGCCGUGAUGUCGGAGAGACUGGACCAGAGAGAAUGGCGCCGCCACGUGUUGCGGAAUAUAUUCAGAAUGCGUUCGCUAAUGGAAACAUAAAAGUGACUGUUGUCGAUGAUCAGAGUGUGAUUCUCAAGGAUUUCCCAUUGAUGGCUGCUGUCAACAGAGCUGCCAACGCUGUUAAGGAACACCAAGCUCGUUUGAUCCGUCUGGAAUACACUGGAGAAGGAGAGACACAAGACACCUUCUUCGUUGUUGGAAAAGGAGUGACCAUUGAUACCGGAGGUUGUGAUUUGAAGACUGGUGGACACAUGUUUGGAAUGUGCCGUGAUAAGUAUGGAUCCGCUGUUGUCGGAGGAUUCUUCAAGGCUAUUGAUGUGCUGAAACCAAAGAAUAUCAAGGCUGUUGGAUACAUGUGCAUGGUUCGUAACAGUAUUGGAUCUCGCGCAUACACUUGCGAUGAAGUUAUCACUUCAAGAAGUGGAAAGAGAAUUCAUAUCUACAAUACCGAUGCCGAAGGAAGACUUACCAUGCUUGACCCCCUCACCCUCGCUAAGGAAGAGGCUCUCAAGGCCAAGAAUCCACAUCUUUUCACAGUUGCCACAUUAACUGGACACGAAGUGCUCUCAUAUGGAUAUUACGCUGCUAUCAUGGACAAUGGACCAGCCAAGGCCAGUGGAUGGGCUCGAAAAGUUCAGGAAGUUGGAGAUGAAUUCGGACAACCGAUCGAGAUCAGUAGACUCCACCCAGAAGAUUUCGCUUUCCAUCAGGCAGAAUGUGAACAAGCCGACCUUCGGCAAGGAAACACAAAGCCAUCGGUCGCAACACUCAGAGGUCAUCAAACUCCAGCUGCCUUCUUGCAAAUGGCUAGUCGUAUCGAUGAACACGGAACCGACAGUGCUCAUCCUUUGAAGUACAGUCACAUUGAUAUGGGCGGUUGCGAGGGUGAUCAUCCAUCAGUUAGCUUCCCAAAUCCACUUGUAACACUUGUUGCCGGACUUGUUCUUCCUCAUGUUUAG